ACGAAGCGCCCGCCCCGCCCCCGCGCUCGGCCGGUGCGUCGCCCCGCGCGGCCGCGAUGGGUACCGGCUGGGCGCGCGGGCGGCGGUGACCGGCCAGUAUGGCCCGGGCGAGCGGAGCGGGCGGCGUGGGGGGGGCGGCGGGGCGGCCGGAGCCGUGGGAGCUGUCCCUGGAGGAGGUGCUGAAGGCUUACGAGCAGCCCAUAAACGAGGAGCAGGCGUGGGCCGUGUGCUUCCAGGGCUGCCGGGGGCUGCGGGGCGCGCGGGGCCGGCGGCGCAUCCGGGACACGGCGGACAUCCUCCUGCGCGGGGACGGCUCGGUCAGCGCGCGGCUGGAGCCGGCGGAGCUGACAAUGAUGGUGCCACCAGCCAGCUCAGAAGCCCAGAUGGUGCAAUCGCUGGGCUUUGCUAUCUACCGGGCACUGGACUGGGGGCUGGACGAGAGUGAGGAACGUGAGCUCAGCCCGCAGCUGGAGCGUCUCAUUGACCUCAUGGCCAACAGCGACCAUGAUGACAGUGGCUGUGGAGUGGCAGACGAGGGCUAUGGGGGCCCUGAGGAGGAGGAGGAGACUGAGAGCAGCCCCCGUGCUGUACGCACCUUCACCCAGGCCAUGCGGCUGUGCGCAGCGCGCCUGACUGACCCUCGGGGUGCACAGGCCCACUACCAGGCGGUGUGCCGUGCACUCUUCGUGGAGACGCUGGAGCUUCGGGCCUUCCUUGCCAGGGUCCGGGAGGCCAAGGAGAUGCUGCAGAAGCUCCGGGAGGAUGAGCCCCAGGUGGAGAAGUCCCAGGCAGAGCUCGACAAGCUGGGCCACACGGACUGGGCCCGGCUGUGGGUCCAGCUCAUGCGAGAACUCCGCCAUGGGGUGAAGCUCAGGAAGGUGCAGGAGCACGAGUUCAACCCUCUUCCCACUGAGUUCCAGCUCACACCCUUCGAGAUGCUGAUGCAGGACAUCCGGGCCCGGAACUAUAAGCUGCGCAAGGUCAUGGUGGAUGGGGACAUCCCCCCUAGGGUGAAGAAGGAUGCACAUGAGCUCAUCCUGGACUUCAUCCGCUCUCGACCUCCACUGAAGCAGGUCUCAGAGAGACAACUUCGCCCAUUACCGCAGAAGCAGAGGACCCUGCAUGAGAAGAUCCUAGAGGAAAUUAGGCAGCAGCGGAGGCUGCGGCCAGUGGGCGGCGAGGGCUGGGCUGUUCGCGGGUUUGGCUCCCUGCCCUGCAUACUUGAUGCUUGCUCUGGAGAUGCCAGGUCCACCUCCUGCAUCAACCUGUCUGUCCCAGACGCUGGAAGCGGCACCCAGCGCCCACGGGCACGGGUGCUGCUCAAGGCGCCCACCUUGGCCGAGAUGGAAGAAAUGAACACAUCCGAGGAAGAAGAGUCUCCGUGUGGAGAGGUAACACUGAAGCGAGAUCGCUCUUUCUCAGAGCAUGACCUGGCCCAGCUUUGGAGUGAGGUGGCCUCUGGUCUGCAGCCAGCCACCCAGCCCCUAAGAGAGACAGAGCCACAGCUCCGAGCAGACAGUGUGCAUGCAUGGAGGCCGAGCACCCAAGACCAAAGUUCUUGUCCUGGGAGUGUCCAGUCCGGGCCUGGUCCAAGCUGCCCUCCACUCAGCAACCUGGGCUCUAUGGAGGACAGAGCAGAAACCUCUGUGGUCCCAGAAACCAAACACCUGUGGCUGGAGUUCAGCCAUCCUGUGGAGAGCCUAGCCCUGACCGUGGAGGAGGUAAUGGACGUGCGCCGUGUGCUGGUGAAGGCUGAGAUGGAGAAAUUUCUUCAGAACAAGGAGCUCUUCAGUGGUCUGAAGAAGGGGAAGGCCUUCCCACAGAUUUGCUGCUGCUGCCGGGCCAGGUUCCCACUGUUCUCGUGGCCACCUACUUGUCUCUUUUGCAAAAGAGACAGAGUCUCACUUUAUUGCCCUUGGUAGAGUGCCGUGGCCUCACACAGCUCACAGCAACCUCCAACUCCUAGGCCCAGGCGAUUCUCCUGCCUCAGCCUCCCAAGUAGCUGGGACCACAGGCGCCCGCCACAACGCCUGGCUAUUUUUUUGUUGCAGCUUGGCCGGGGCCGGGUUUGAACCCGCCACCCUCGGCAUAUGGGGCCGGCGCCCCCCCUGACAUAGUCUUACAAAACAGUAUACAAAGUACCUUUAUUUGAAAGUAUGUUUAGAAAAUUCUGGAAGAUAGAAACUUUAUUACUAGCAGGGGCUAACUCUGAGGAUGGGCUGUCUAAAUUGUAAUUCUAAUGUUUGAAUUAUUACAAGAAGGUACUUACUUUUGAAACCAGGUAUGAGAAUAAAAAACUAUUAAUCAUUGCUUAGCUGGGCGUUGUGGUGAGCGCCCGUAGUCCCAGCUACUUGGGAAGCUGAGGCAAGAGAAUCACUUAAGCCCAAGAGUUUGAGGUUGCUGUGAGCUGUGAUGCUACAGCACUCUACCUAGGGUGACAUAGUGAGACUGUGUCUCAAAAAAAAAAAAAAAAUCACUGCUUAAAACUGAGCAUAUGGGGCGGCACCUGUGGCUCAAGGAGUAGGGCGCCGGUCCCAUAUGCCAGAGGUGGCGGGUUCAAACCUAGCCCCAGCCAAAAAUCCAAAAAAAGAAAAAAACAAACAAAAAAACUGAGCAUAUGAGUUGAGGCGCUUCUGGCUGAAGACGGCUCUCCUACAGUGAGAAGUGCUGGGUACACAGCAGUGUGGGGUAUGAGAAAGCUGGACCAGAGAGAGCACUGAGGCUGCAAGUGUUUUGGGUAGACAGCUAAAUACAAAGAAAAGCAAGGUUGUCUACGGCCAUACCAUCCUGAAUGUGCCCGAUCUCGUCUGAUCUCAGAAGCUAAGCAGGGUUGGGCCUGGUUAGUACUUGGAUGGGAGAAAAGCAAGGUUUUAGAGUAAAAUGAAAGUACAGUACUGAAAUACCCAGGGAUCAAGCAGAAGGCAAGGAUGGUUUGAGCCAGGAUGGAGUCAGUGGGGUCACUGGGGGUGGGACACGGAGGCUGGCCUGCAGUUGCUGCUUUGUGCGCCUCUUCCCUGCUGACACUACCUCCCCUCCAUUC